AUUGCUUACAAACAUGAGCCCGCAGUGAUGUAGUGCGAAGAAAAAAGUGAAGUGUGAAAAUGGGAAAUUGUCUGAGAUUUUUGAUGAAUAAAUUCACACGCCGAGGCAGCAACAGAAAGAGUAUUGUACUGAUGAUGAGUGGACUGGACAAUGCGGGCAAAACAACAGUCCUGAAUCGCCUGAAUAACGAGUUUGAUCCCAAUGUCAUGCCCACGAUGGGCUUCAGAGUCCUGUCCCUGAGGCAUAAAUCCUUCAUAAUCAGAGUUUAUGACAUCGGUGGAGCACCGCAGAUCAGGUCCAUUUGGAAGAGAUACUACCACGACAUUCAUGGUCUUAUUUAUGUGGUGGAUGCUAGUGACAUAUCCAGACUAACUGAAAGUAAAAUAGUAUUUGGUGAAUUAAUAGCCAACGAGCAUAUUGCAGGAAAGCCAAUAUUAUUACUGGCGAAUAAACAGGACGUACCUGGGGCUGUUGACGAACUCGAUGUCGUUGAGAAUUUGGACGUGGAGCAUGCUGCCAAUGCUAUGAAGUGCCCCACGAGGGUGGAAAUAUGUACGUGCACUGUUCCAGAGGACCCCAAGCUCAGUUAUACAAUGGGAAUUGCAAAUGGUUACAAAUGGCUAUUGGAUACGAUAUCGAAAAACUAUUCCGUCCUCGAUGAUCGUGUGAAGAUGUCUCAAACUCCUCCACCUGUAAAUAAUCACCCCCGGCCCUCCAUCAUCUCAAUGACCCCAUCGAGAGCUUCAAUCCGAUCAAAUCCGUUCAAGCCCAUCGGCCAGCUUGUGGGGAACCUCCAGAGUAGCUCAGUAAAUCAUAGUAAUCACGUUGAAAAAUCCACGAAAAAACUGAAAAAAUUUCUACCAAAGAACAAAACAGCCCCGAUGCCCCCCGAUCAACCGACGAGUCGAUCAGAAGACGUGUUGAAUCACCUGGAAGUAGAGAACGUAGAGCCCUUCCACGUGAGCGGAAGCAACGACCAAGUGGCCCUGGUGACGCUGGACCCCCUGGCCCUGAUGACCCAGCAGAUGCACCGACAAAAGCCCCCUCGACCCUUCACAGCCCCAGCAGCGACCAAUGGCAUCACAUUCGUACAAAACAUACCCGGUCAAGUGCCUCAGUGACAAUAACAAUCUUUUAUACUGAACAAAUAACAUUUGUACCUGUCAAGAGUGUAACUACU